AUGUCUAGCUGCCUCAGUCACAGAGAAUCAGACACUAAGACUGUGGAUUUGGAGGGUGACAGUGAUGUGGUGUGUGGUGGGGAGUUCUCUCUAUCCUUCAAAGGUACCCAGCAACUGCUGCAAGUGGAGAAGCGUGCCGCUGAGAAGGUGUCUGAGGCCCGCAAACGAAAGAACCGGAGGCUGAAGCAGGCCAAAGAAGAAGCUCAGGCCGAAAUUGAACAGUACCGCCUGCAGAGGGAGAAGGAGUUCAAGGCCAAGGAGGCUGUGGCCCUUGGAUCCCACGGCAGUUGCAGCACGGAGGUGGAAAAGGAGACCCAGGAGAAGAUGACUAUCCUCCAGACCUACUUCCGGCAGAACAGGGAUGACGUCCUGGAUAACCUCUUGACCUUUGUCUGUGACAUCCGGCCAGAAAUCCAUGAAAACUACCACACAAAUGGAUAG